GAUUUUUCACUGCUUGAGUUGGACGAUCGUGAGACGCAUUUGACAGUUUUCAAUUACAGUGAUCCAUCGAAAGUGUUGGAGAUGAAAUGUCAAGAUUUUACAAGUCAGUUGGAGAAGUUGUAUGCAAACUUGAAGUGGUCAGAAAUGCAGCAGAAGAUUAAUAGCGCCGUAAAAGACUUAUUCUUGACUAUAUCCAGUGGUGAACCUCCACGUUCAAUGAAACAUAACGCACAAUCGAGAGCAAUGUAUGGAAUCGAUGUUAUGCUGAAAUGGGACUCUGAUGAAUGUAUCAUAACGAUUGCAGAUGAGAAGACCCGAAACGUUCAGGUGUCAAUAAUUGAAGGCAAUUUCAUGCCUGAUUGCGAGCGAGCCUGUGCAUACUAUCCAGAUUUUGCUGAUACUGUUUUCAAAUUUUUAUUUAUGGACGAAGUGGAUACGAGUAAAAUAACGAUGUUAUAA